GAAAAAAAAAAGGAAGCAAGAGGUUAAACAAUGGGAGAAACAAGUUGGUAUAAGACAAGAGAAGAGAUAGAAGUAAAGUCCCCAUCGAGAGUAGACGGUAUCGACUCAAAGCAAGAGAGUUUCCAACGUUGGUCUUACUCUACUUUCCUCCAGGAGCUUGGCCAGAGACUCAACAAUCCUCAGAGAUCCAUAGCUACAUCGAUAGUCUUAUGUCAAAGAUUCUUCACUCUCCAAUCUCUGGCGAAGAACGACCCCAAAACAAUCAGCAUCAUAUGUAUGUUUAUCGCUGGAAAAGUCGAAGGGUCUCCGAGACCGGUGGAUGACGUCAUCGCCAAGGGUUACAGGGUUUUACAUGGCAAGGAACCAACGACAGAGGUGUGCGCGAGAUUGAAGGGGGCUGUGCUAACCGGUGAGAAGUUUGUGCUCUCUACGUUAAGGUUUGAUCUCGAAAUCGAACACCCUUAUGAACCGGCUCUGGAUUGGGUUAGGAGAUGGGUUAAGGUCGAGAUGGACGCUAAGAGAUUGUUUCAGGCUGCGUGGAAUUUCCUCAAUGACGGUUUAAGGUCGUCGCUUUGUUUGCAGUUCAGGCCGAGUCAGAUCGCUGCGGCUGCUAUAUAUCUUGGCUCGCGCAUGACUAAUGUGAAGAUACCAUGUGAUGGGGAGAAAGAUUGGUGGCUAGAGUUCCAUGUAACGAAACGUCAACUGUGUGAAAUUUGUAACCAGACGCUCGAAAUUUACCAACAAGACUUCCUCAUUCCUGUUAAACAUGAAGCAAAGUCUAAGUUUGGUGAUGGAGGUUUAUUGAGACCGGAGCAAGGAAGAUGAAACUAAAUCUUUGUCAGGGUGACUCUUGAUGGUCAUUUAGUAUCAUA